AUGCGUUGCGCAUGCUGUUACAACCUUCCCAGCAUUUCCGGUGAAACAGGUCAAAUAUUACUCUUCCGUUGUGGACCGAAUGGACAUCGAUUUGAUCAUGGAGCUGAUCGAAGUCUGCGUGAAGACCAACGAAGUUUCGUCGUCUUCGCCAAACUGAAAGAUGCUUCCUUGAAGGGGCCACGUCACACAGACCCUCGCGCUGUGGAAUAUUACAGCGCUCUGAUCACGGAUAUUGAUCGAUACCUUGACAACAAUCCCGGCUUGGAUGCUUUUACCGCAACCUUCACGGAUUUCUUCAUCGUCGGUGUCGGCGUGCUACUGCACCCUCCACCGAAUCACAGGUGUAGUGCAGGAGAAAAUGAACAGCGCGUGAAGCUCCUAAUAUUAGCCGUACAGCGGGCUGGUGGUGUGUCGAUGCUGAGAGAAAAGUUGACCGCGGAUCAGGCGAAAUGCAUCACACACUAUCCUCCGAGACAACUCGCGCUCUCGGUUGUUUCGUCCCUGAAGCCUUCACACGAGGGCCAGCGAGCAUCCAAAGACUAUCGCACCCUCGUCGACGAUCUGGUCCAUGCGACCAUCACUUCCUCCUACCGCCAUCUAAACUCUUCUGGGGGUGAACCUGAGCACAUAGCAAUCGAACUCGUCAAGUUCUGCGUCAAGACCGGUGCUACAUCACAGUUCAGCUACGUCGUCGCAUGCCUCAUCACACCACCCCCUAGAAUGGUCAUCUCCCCGGACUCUCUGAUUUCAUUUGUCAGGAUGCUCAAACAGCUCCUCCUGCUGAAGACAAUCGACCUCGCAGCAGAGCCCUGGAGAAGGAUCUUCGUGGCGACAGUCGAAGGCUUCGCGAACAAGUUUAUGACGCCAAAGCCACAGGAAUUAGUUCCUGCUUCCCAGCUGCAGAGAGUGGGCUGUGGAUGCAAUGAGUGCACAGAGCUGCAGAACUUUUUCUUCGGCGGUAAAGAUGUAAUCUCAUUGGCCAAGAAAAAAAGGGCGCGGGCCCAUCUCGUAGACCGUCUCUCAUUGACCGAAGCGUGGGGCGUGAAAUGGGAAACGAUCGAAAAAGGGAAACGGGAAAUCUUACGGGUGAUUCCGCUCUACCUUCUACCUACACAGUUGGUGUUCCGUCCUAUUAACUCUUGA